AUGGGAACCGACGUCUUGGAUUGCCCCAUCUGCUCUACCCCCCUUAGCCCUCCCAUUUUCCAGUGCUCACUCGGGCAUUUCCUCUGCUCGGCUUGCCAUGACAAGCUCCCUGGAACUGACAGGGCAUGCGGCAUGUGCUCCAGACCCGUCUUGGACCGCUGCCACGGUGUGGAGCGUAUCGUCGGCUCUGUCCUCGUGCCGUGCUCCUACGCUCUCCAUGGAUGCACUGCCGCAAUCCUGUACCACCAAAAGGGGGAACACGAGAAGGUGUGCCUGCACGCUCCGUGCUUCUGCCCAGAGAACGGUUCCGGCUUCGCUAGCACAACAGAGGCGCUCCUAGGCCACUUCACCGCCAAGCACGAUUGGCCGAUCACGGCGUUCAAAUACUAUGAACCAUUCGAUGUGCCCGUGAAAGCCGGUGUGCACAUCCUCCACGGCAGCGGUGAAGAGGUAGAAAAAGACAAUGAUAGCGACCUCUUCCUGCUACAUAUAGGGUACCCGGAUGCCCCGCUGCACAGUGUCUCACUGGUCCGUGUACAGGCACACGCACAGGAGUAUGGGGUCGGAUGCUCCGUGGGUUUCUCUUGGUUCAUGGGACAGUACCAAGUCGCGACACUGGACUUUAUCCGAACCUCAUCGCUGUCUAAUGGGCUGCCGAAAUGUAGCUUUUGUAUUGUCCCCGAGGUUCGCCGUGGAGGCGGAGGGCCUGUCAUGCUCAGCGUCACCAUAGGUAUCAAUACAGAGGAGGACGAAGAAGAUGACAACAAGGAGGGCGAUGAUGACGACAGUCACGUCAAAGUGGGUGAAAACAAGGAGGAGGAUGAGGCCAGUCACAAAGCAGAUUGA